AUCUCGAAGGAGUGGCGUGGCCGCCAUCUGGCUCCUCCUGUUUUCUCCCCCGAAGUACCAAACAACAAAUCACUUUCACAACCCUAACAAACAACAAACAACACAACCACCAAGCCAAAACAACCCAGAAAAACUAUAACCAUGACACGUCUCUACAACAACUUCAAGGAAACUCUUCCCAAGCUUGAUGGAAAAGUCAUUGCGAUUACUGGAACCACAUCUGGAACUGGCUUUGUUGCCGCUCGCACUGUUGCCGAGCUUGGUGCAGAAGUGCUGCUUCUCAACCGCGAAUCCAGUCGUUCCAAGGAUUCUUUGGAAAAACUCCAGAGCGCUGUGACAGAUGGAAAAUUUGUCCCUAUUAAGUGUGACUUGCAGGACUUUGCCUCUGUUACUACAGCUGCCAAGGAAAUCAAGUCCAAGUACAGCCAAAUUUAUUGUCUCGCUAACAAUGCAGGAAUCAUGGCCACUCCUGAUGAAGCAACCAAGGAUGGAUAUGACACUCAAAUGCAAACCAAUCACCUCAGUCACUUUUUGCUUACAGCUGAGCUAUUUCCUCUGCUUGAAGCAGAGGCUAAUGCCACUGGUGACGCUCGCAUUGUUAAUCACUCCUCUCUUGGACGUGAGCACACACCCAACAAUGGUCUGGAAGAGAAGUACUUCCUCAAGAAUGGAGGCGACUUGGGUGGAAAUGAGCAAAUCAUGAUGGGUGGUGGUCCCUACCAUCGAUACUUCCAAACCAAGUUGGCAAACUCUGUCUUCACUUAUGCAUUGCAUGAGAAGUUGAGUGCCAAGGGCUCCAAAAUCCGUGCAGUGUGUGCACAUCCAGGGGGGUCCAACACUAACUUGGGCGAUCACCUCAACUAUGGAUUUUUCACAAAUGCUUUCUUUAGUGUUGCCAUGAAGUUUAUGGCCCAGUCACCCGAAGAUGGGUCAGUUGGUUUGCUCACUGGCAUGGCCAUUCCUUCUGCUGAAUCUGGCGUUUUGUAUGGCCCUUUGAAUGGGAAACAGAAGAGUGCACUGAGUGGAGCAGCGGUUCCAAACCCUCCGCAGCCCUAUGAGACAGACAAGGAUGCCAUGGAUAUGCUGUGGCGUACAAGUGAGGAAGCUACUGGUGUGAAGUUCACAAUUUGAAUGGGGAGGUGUCAAUAAGCAAGGAUGAGACAGAAUUUCAGCCUUUUGAGACAGACAAGGAUGCCAUGAACAUGCUCUGCGCUCCACUGAGGAAGCCACUGGUGUAAAAUUUGCAGUUUAAACAAGAAGUGGUCGUGGAUGGCUGGAGGCAGAGCCACCAAGAGUAUGGUAGGUCUGCAUGCUGGAUGUCUGGCAGGAACGGUUCUACGGUGGCUGAAAACUGCGAAGUAAUGUUUGAAAUGGUUGCAUGAGAGUUGGCUGUUUUUGUAGA